GGUGUCCGAGUUCUACCGGCUGGUUGAUUUCGCGGUUACGCGCCCCUGCUCCAAAACUUCGUACUAGCAAUGGCGGAGACAUCAACCCUCAAAGGUUUACGAGCCCAGAUGGCUGCAGCUGCACAGGCACAAGCAGAGGAGCGGCGCAGCGUAGCAGGAAAUAGUCCAAAACCAACAACCAACACAUCAGCUAAACCUCAGGGGAGUAGGCCAGUCAUAGACGGUGCCACACUUAGAAUAGACGACAAACUGCGAGUGGCAAAAGAGAGACGAGAGGAAGCAGAGAGACAACAGGCUUUGCGAGAUUCUCAGAUCAUGGAGCGGGAGCGCAAGGCCAAGCUCCAGGUGGAGCGUCAGAUGGAGGAGCGACAGAAAAAGAUUGAAGAACAGCGAAGGAAGGAGGAGCAGAAACGACACGCUGUGGAGGAGAAGAGGAAGCAGAAACAGGAAGAGGAAAAGGAGCGCUAUGAGGCAGUGAUGCGACGGACGAUGGAGCGUAACGAGCGGCUGGAGCACAGACAGAAGCGAUGGUCAUGGGGAGGAUUAUCCACAGACUCGGAUGGUCGAACAGGAGAUUCAGAUGCCAGUGCCUCAUCUCCAGUUACUAUAGUUAUCUCCCCUGCCUCGCCAGAAAAGCCACCACGGAGUCGACAAGUGGACAAGCGCUCCACAUCCACCAUGAACUUGAAACAGUCGUCUGAGACUGGUAUCAGCAAACGCCUCUCCUCUUCCUCUGCUACCCUCAUCAAAUCUCCUGACAAAAGUGUUAAGCCAAGGAGUUCGUCUUGUAACCGGUUGCCUAGCAAUGGCAAUGUUGCUGCUCAGGCCAGUAAGGAGGAUGGCAAAAAGCUUCAGGUGGAUCAGACAGGCCAUUCCGUGAAGAAGAGAAGUUCCUCCCUUACUCGAGUAAGUGUGGGCAGAGCACAGACCCCUGCCAAGCCUGAUAAGGGGACAACGGAUGAUCAAGCUCACAGGCCACCGGCCAGCACUGUGGACGGAGGGCUCCUUAGUCGUCUGCUCACCCCCACCCAGGCCUCACUAGCUAGAAGCAAGAGUGCCGCCGUCCUGUCCACUGAAGGAACAGAUUCUCCAGAGUGUCACAUGUGUCCUCGCUCAGCCUCUGCCACUCCCCUGCAUCCGCCACGUGGACCUGUGCGCAGCCGUAGCAUUGACCGACAGAAGAGCGGCAUGACAACCUCCGUUUCAGCUGAUGGAGCCCUUGACCCGUCACUGAAAGACAAGCAGUCGGCAUCACCUAGUGGCAAACGUCCCGCCUCCCCGUCCACUAACCUCGGACGCAACCGCUCACCAUCCCCAGCCCCCAAUCCAGUUCCAAAGCGGACCCCUUCCCCAGCAGCAGCCAAGCAGAGUCCCAGGACACGCCCACCCUCACCUGGUGCAAUGAAGCAACGUCCCCCAUCCCCCCAACCAUCAACGACCAAACCCCCACCAAUCCAGAAACCAGCUCUGACUCCAACUGGGCCCCCUACUUUACGAAAGAGAGACUCCAAGUCUAAGGAUAUGUUUCCUGUCCAGGCUGUAGGUCCACAGUCCUCUGAAUCUAGCAAGUCCAAAGACAAAGAUGACUCAAAAGCCUCAACGGGAACCAACUCGGCUGCUGAGGCUGCCAAGAUCCUGGCAGAGAAUCGAAGGCUGAUGCGAGAGCAAAAAGAGAAAGAAGAGCAGCUCAGGCUACAGAGGGAAGAAGAGGAGAGGCUGAGAAAGGAAGAGGAAGCUCGCUUAGCAGAGGAGGCUCGACUGAAACGAGUGGAGGAGGAGAAGAAGCUUGCGGAGGAAAGAAAAGUCAGAGAAGAAGAAGAGGCUCUUCUGGCAGAGGAGGAGCGAGUGAGACUGGCAGAAGAGGAGGCACUGAAACAGGCCGAACUCCAGAGGGAACGUGAGGAGGCUGAAGCCAAGGCUCAGGAGGAGGCAGAGAGAGUCCGUCAGGAGAGGGAACGCAUUAUGCAACAGAACCAGCAAGAGCGAAUGGAGAGGAAGAGGAGAAUUGAAGAAAUAAUGAAGAGAACCAGAAAAGGGGAUGCUGGUGACUUGAAGAGAGAUGAUGAUGAUGAUGAUGAUGAUAAAUGCUUCCAGGAAAAUGGAGACGAUCCAGUGGACCUGAACUGUGAAACCAGUGAGAUCGAUGACGCAGAGAUCGAUGACACGGAGGCCGACAAAGUUGAGUGUGGUCUGUCCGGAGGAGAGCCUCUGUGCAAUAUCAACGGAAUACCAGAGACUGAAGAUAAAGAAAAUAACAAUGGCAUAAGUACCGAUGAACCUCAGGCUAUAAGUCCAGUCCCCAAAGGCCGCCUUGUUGAGGGCUCAGAGUUCCUGAAUGAGCAGGACUCUGCUAAAGUGGGGUUGGUCUCGGGUCUGAACGGCAAAUCCAACCAGUGGAACUAUGAGGAAUUCAUUGACCUCAACGUCCACACUAAGACGAGGCCGCUCAUUGAGUCAGAAGACUGUAACCAGGUCUUGAUCAACUGUGACGGGAGCUCAGACGCCACCAGAGUAGCCUUUGAGGACAAGGGAACCCCUGUCAACACCCUGCAUUCCUCUAAUCAACCCGUAGAAGCCCUUUCAGAGAUUUGAUGCUGCAGCUGUCGCUGAGAAGCCUCUCACUGUUGCACUCCUAAACUUCCUAUUUGGCUGAGUUGUUUUUUUGUUUUUGUUUUUUU